GAUAAAAGAGGCCCAGCCUCCCAGUUUUGACCCACAAUUGCAUUUUGUAGAUGCAGAGGCAGAGAGCCUUCAAAUCUCAAAAUCCAAACACGUCUCUCUCUCUCUAUACAUAUCCAACCAUCCGACCACAUCCUCCGGCGAAUUAGCGAUUACCAACACCUCAACCUUUCUCUGCUCUACGCUACGCUCCAUCUCUCUCACCCUCGAAUUUGUGGUGGCGUCUUCUGUUUUUUUUGUUGAUUCAAAUUGCAAAAACAAUCACGGCUUUAUUUGAUUCCACCGAUUAUCUCUUCCAACCGCCAACAAUAACUCAUCGCCGGAUAGCUUCGGCUUCCAAUCUUACGGUGGACGACAAGGGCCAGAUUCCUUCCCCGCACGGCGGUCGGGGUGCCUUACCAUCCGAAGGCGGCUCCCCAUCCGAUCUCCUCUUCCUCGCCGGCGGCGGCCCUUUCUCCUCCAUCUCCGCCUAACUCUGACUUUUUAUUUCCUUUUCAUUUUGUAUAUCGGUCAUAAUUUUUUUCUUCCGACUAUCCCCUUUGAUUUAUAGAGAGAGCGAGAGUAGGUCGUAGAUAUGGUGUCUGUAUUAGAGACGAAAUUGACGAUAAAGAGGGUGGCGACGGUGGUUUCUAACUACCAAGAGAAUGCUUCUGCUGAAGACCUCAAAACUAUGGCGCAGGGCUGCGGCCGCAAUUGCCUCGGAAGCUGCUGCUUGCCUGUUUCGAAGCUACCUCUCUAUGCAUUCAAUACUGCUGAGGAAGAGCUAGGUCACAACGAGGUUGAUGGAUCUUGUGAUGGGAAAUGUCCCAAAACGUCCAAUUUGAACAACUUGUUGCUAGGACAAUGGGAGGAUCGUAUGACUCAAGGGCUUUUCAGGUAUGAUGUUACCUCUUGUGAGACGAAGGUCAUUCCUGGAACAUAUGGUUUUAUCGCGCAGCUGAAUGAGGGACGCCACCUUAAGAAGCGGCCAACUGAGUUUCGGGUUGACAAGGUUCUCCAGCCUUUCGAUAAGAACAAAUUCAACUUUACAAAAGUGGGUCAAGAGGAGGUGCUCUUCAGGUUUGAGCCAAGUGAAAAUGGCAAAGCUCGUUAUUUUCCUAGCACUCCAAUUGAUCCUGAGAAAGGCCCGCCCAGUGUCGUUGCAAUUAAUGUGAGUCCCAUUGAAUACGGACAUGUGCUUCUAAUACCUCGUGUCCUUGAUUGCUUACCCCAGAAAAUUGUUCAUGAGUGCCUUCUGCUCGCUCUGCACUUUGCUAAAGAGGCGUCAAAUCCCUUUUUCAGAGUGGGUUAUAACAGUUUGGGUGCCUUUGCCACCAUCAACCAUCUCCACUUUCAGGCAUACUACUUAUCUGCACCUUUUCCCAUAGAGAAAACAGCAACAUGCAAGAUACUGAGCAGCAAAGAUACUAGGGUGAUAGUCUCUAAGCUGCUGAAUUAUCCUGUCAGAGGACUUGUCUUUGAGGGUGGAAAUAAGUUGUGUGAUCUAUGUGAUGCUGUUGCAAGUUCUUGCAUCUCCCUUGAAAGUAACAAUGUCGCUUUCAAUAUGCUUAUUUCUGAUUGUGGCAAGAGAGUCUUUCUACUACCUCAGUGCUAUGCUGAGAAACAAGCACGUGGAGAAGUAGACCGGGAGCUUCUUGAUACUCAGGUGAAUCCCGCUGUCUGGGAAAUAAGUGGACAUAUGGUGCUUAAGCGGAGAAAGGAUUAUGACGAAGCAUCGGAACAAUAUGCAUGGAAGCUUCUCUCUGAGGUUUCACUCUCAGACGAGAGAUUCCAAGAGGUAGAGAAGUAUGUCUGCGAGGCUGCUAAUUUACAAUCAGAUGAGGAGUUUAUGGGCACAGAGGAGACUAGUUAUGACUCCGGCACACCACAAGUUUCCCCACAUCUCCCUCAAGAUUGCCUUGUGUUGCAUUAACUGUUUGCAUUGCUUAUACAUAGCUCGCGCUGUCGUCACCCUAGAAAUACUAUUGGUGUACUUUUCCUCUCUAGAUGUAGGUGGUGUGAUGCAUAAACUUAUGUGAAACCUGUUGGUGUUGAAGCAGGAUGUUGCUUGAGAAUUAAUGAUACUAUGGGUUUCGUGUAUUAUAUAUAGGGUAAGAAUAAAUGAAGUGACCACUUUAGAAGUUCA